AUGCACCAUAGGCAAAUGCAUUUUUCCAACUCUGUUAGGAGCUACAGAAAAGGGGCACAUGAUGAUGAUAAAAUACCGCAUAUCAAAAAGAAAAAUGGGAUUGAGAGGUGGCACAGAGCUGUGUCUACUAACUGACUGAAAUAAAAUCUCCUGAUACCCAAAGAUGACGACUCCUCCAGUGGAAGUGACUCAGAACAUAUUAAAAAACUCAAACUACAUGAUGACGGCCUUGUAAAUCUAACUAGCUACAGAGCAGGUGCCUUUUCUGGAGCACAUGGAGCACAUCUUCCAAAAAUAAUUAAGGCGUUGACAUCUCCCAGAGGAUUUCCAAAAAUGAAAACAUGGAAACUUUCUCAGAAUGCAACCAUCCAGCUGGAUGUGAACGUCCUGGAGGAACAAGCAGAGAGGAUAACUGGGGAAAACACGGUUGUGAGAGCAAGACAAACCAGGAGACACGUGUCGGUGACAUCUGUGACAGCUGAACUCCAAACGGUUCCUUGUUUGUCAAAAAAGAGGGGAAACUUUCUAGGCCUCAAAAAGAAGAAAAAGAAUGAGCGGACGCUGCAGUAUCAUUCAGGUGUGACAGCUGGAAAGCUUCAAAUGCAGGUGGAUGAUCGCUUAGAAAAAGUAACGGAAAAGUCCAUAGAUUUACUGGCCCAGAAACAUGCAGAAUUCCAGCAGUGAGAGUUUCUGGGAGAGGAGAUACUUCAAUCAUCUAAGCAUUUUCAAUUGGCUUCUAAAAGAACCAUGAAGACAUAUAAACUAAAACAUAUGCAUUUCCCAUGCACAUGCUGUUGCUUUGACCCUUUUUAA